AACGACGCGUUUUUCCGGUCUUCAUCUUCUUUUCCUCCGGUUUCCCUCAUUUGCCAUGAACCGUGUUGGCAUUAUACCGAUGCUUCUGAUAUUUGCACUGUUGACGUCGUCAGUGGGAGCUUCAUCUCCUAAACCAGCUACUGGAGCUGAAGAUACAUAUCUGUUGAGUAAUGCGGUGAUUGCUGAUGUUGUCAGGACUAUGGAGAAUAAGAACUCAGUCCAAGAAGCAGCACUUUCCGAUGAUCAAAUUCUUGAAAUGUAUCCCGAUUUAAAUAUGACAAAGCCGAAAAUACCACCGGUUUCAGUGAUGAGCGGCAAGAUUCCUGAUCAUUUGAUUGUGAAAAUGGCCGAUUACCUCUUCGGCCUGCUACAAGGAACCGGAGAAGUUAUAAAGCCCACUACAACCACUACAACAACUACAACUCCACCUCCCCCACCACCACCAAAACCAUCGCCCGAAUUCCUCCCGUUUCGCCCGACCAAUCAGCCCUUCUUCGAUGACCUAGCCGUUCUCCGGGCGGCACCAAAGACUGCAGAGUCUCCGCAUUUUGUGGGCCAAGUGCGAAGAAAGCCUGCAGCCCGAAAAUUGAGUGGUCUGUCCAAGCAAAAGAGCGAAAAGUUGUGGAGAAAAACUAGGAUGGUCAAACUGUUCGGAAUGGCCUAAAAAUUAUUGAAUUUCUUGUUUUCAGUACUAAAACUUUUCCAUUGGUUGAAAAACAGUUUUUUUUUCGAAAAAUUCAAAAAGAAAUCAUAUCUUUGGAAAUAAUUUAAAUCGAUUGAUCUAUCCACUAUUAAUUUUUUUAAAUACUUUCUGUCGGAAAUUCAAAUUCUAAACAACAUAUUUUAAAAAAAAAACUUAUGUUUUGAAUUAACUCAUUUUUGAAACAAUUUAUAAAUGAUACUUACUUACUUAGAACAUACAAAAAUUAUUUGCCAAUAUUAGCUUUCACAGCCAAAAACUUUUUGCAAAGUCCGAUAAAUUCCAAGAAAGUGGUCAAUUUAGUACUGAGGUGACUCCUCAAACCUAUACCCGUCCUCCAGUUUUUUGUCUACUUUGUUUAUUUUUACUGUAAAAUGUUUGCAUUAAAAUUCUCAACAAACGUGACCUCUUCGAUUUUUUGCCCAAGCCAAAAACUUUUUCCAAAAUCCGACAAAUUCCAAAAGUGGUCAAUUUAGUACUGUCGCCUGAUUCCACUUGCUUAUAAUUUUAAUAAACGAUUUAAUGGAG